AUGGUAAACGAAAGAGGGAUCGAGGCCAACCCUGAGAAGAUCCAAGCUCUACUUGACAUGCGAUCGCCCACUAAGACUAAGGAAGUGCAAAGCCUAAACAGACAGGUGGCGGCCCUUAGCAGGUUCGUCUCCAAAUCUUUUGAUAAAUCCAUCCCAUUUUUCAAAGUCUUGAAGAAAGCAAGUAGCUUCGAAUGGAUGGAAGAGUGUGAGACUGCCUUCCAGCAGUUGAAAGACUACAUGGGGAAGGCUCCCCUCAUGUCAAAGCCAAAGGAAGGGGAGGAACUAAUUGUCUACCUAGGGGUGUCUGAGUAUGUAGUAAGCACCGCCCUGGUUCGAGAUGAAGACCGGGUUCAGUACCCGGUAUACUAUGUAUGCCAUAGGCUACUCGACGUCGAAACAAGAUACUUCCCCAUGGAAAAGCUCGCUUUUUCCCUAGUGGUCGCAUCCCGAAAGCUACGCCCCUAUUUUCAAGCCCAUCAGAUCAGUGUAUUGACCAAACAUCCACUGAAGCAGAUUUUACAGAAGCCUGAUUCAUCCGACCGCCUCCUCAAGUGGGCGAUCGAGCUCGCCCAAUUCAACAUAAAAUACAAGCCAAGGACAGCUAUAAAGGGUCAGAUACUGGCAGACUUCGUUGCAGAAUUUACGGAGCCGACGGAAGAACCAGCCCCCCCAACCUCGCCAGUCUGGGAAUUAUUUGUUGAUGGCUUCUCCAGCGAGCAUGGGUCAGGAGAUGGCGUACUCCUGGUGAGCCCGGAGGGACACAAAAUCCCCUACGCAUUGAGGUUCGGGUUUAGAGCAACCAACAAUGAAGCUGAAUACGAAGCACUACUAGUCGAUCUCCACCUAGCAAAAGAAGUCAAGGCAGAGCGAUUAAAAAUUUUCAGCGACUCCCAGCUUGUGGUCUGCCAAGUGCAAGGGGAAUAUCAGGCAAAGGGUCCAAAGGUGGUAGCGUACCUCCAGAAAGUUCAGGAAUUGUUACACUUUUUCGAUAAGUGCGAAGUGAAUCAAGUCUUGCGGAGCCAGAACUCUCAUGCCGAUGCCCUAGCUCGUUUGGCUUUAGUUGGAGAAACUGACUCAUUGGGAGCCAUCCCUAUAGAGUUCCUAGCAACACCGAGCGCAGAAAAAAGAACUGAGACAUUGACAGUCGAGCUAAGGCCAAAUUCAUUGAUGAAACCAAUCGUGGACUAUUUACAAGGGGGAUAG